GAAAACGAACUAGAAUAUCUAUUAUUACGUGCUGGAUUAUUUGAUUUACAACCAAUGAAUUUAUUUCAUUUUCAUAUUUGUUCUGAUCAUCAUCAAUGGCUGAGAGAACAACCGAAGAAAAAUCAUUAUGAUGUUUGUAAAACAACAAUCGUCCGAAAGACAACAGCUUCAACCUACGGAUUGCGCCGAAUAUCUAAAACGUCAGCACUGAGUAUUUGGAAGCAUCAUAAAUUACCAUUAUAUGAUGCACCAAUAUGUGAUGGUUGUCAUAAAACCCUAGAAAGAGAUUUAGCAUCUGAAAUACGUGAAGAAAGUGGAAAACUAUUAAAUUGGUUGUAUGAUCAAAUGACGUUACAUACACCAUCAACAACAAUGUCGGAUUCUCAACAAUCCUCAUAUCAACAAAGCGGUGAAAGUUUAUUAAAAUUUCAACAAAAACAGGAUUUAAAAGAAUGCCUUGUGGAUAAUGGAUUUGAAGGUCGAGUGCAAAUGGCAAAAUCAUAUAAUAAUUUGGAAGUUAAAAGUCAAAUGAAUUUUCGACAUCAAACAAAACAAAUUUUGCUGUUUAUUAUUGGUUUAUUGGCACCAAAUGCUGAUUUACCAUAUCGUAAAAUUCAAGGAUUUAUUCCUGAUUUAACAAACUGGAAAUUCAUAGCUGCUCGCAAAGAGGCUCAUUUUAAAGGUCGUGGUGCAACUGUUGUUCAAGAACGAUCACUAACGGUAAAAUAUACAGACGAACAAGUUGCACAUUUUGUUGAAUAUUUGCUGUCACCUCAUAUAACAAUCGAUCUGCCAUUUGGUGAAAAAAAAUUAAAAUUGACAAGCGGUGAAACAGUUGUUGUACCAAAUACAAUAAGAAAUUUGAUUCCAACAAGAAUAAUCAAUCAAUAUUAUUGUUUUUGUGAGGAAAACCCGGAUCCUGAUUCGAGAUUUCAACCGUUAGGUAGAACAACAUUAUCUGAAAUAUUAGCUGGUUGUUCGGCAUCAACAAGAAAAAGUUUACAAGGUUUGGAUUAUUUUUCGGCAGAUGGGUCAACAGCAUUCGAAACACUAGUAAAAUUAUGUGAUGAUCCGUUAUUGCUUGGCAUACCAUCACAUUUAAUUGACAAAUUAAGAUGCGCUCUACAUCAAUGUCGUAAUUAUUUGAAAACUGAUUAUAAAUCACAUAUUUCACAAGAAUCUACAGUCCCAGAUCAUUGUACUGUGUUUGCAUUGUCUGAUCCAAAAGAAAAACAAUGGCAACAAAAAUGCGAACAUCAUCAUAAUGAUCAAUGCGAACAAUGUU